UUUCAGCACAGUUCUAUUUCGCAGCUCGUGGUGUUAGGACGUGUUAAACCGGUUAUUCUUUGCCUAGUGCUUAGCUAAAGUUACAUUUUCACUAAUUUAAUUGGAGAAAAAAUUUCGGAAUGAAUCGCAGAAGCAACUUCCGUGGUAAUCAAAACCGUAAUAACUACCAGCAGCAGUACGAUCAACAUUUCGUACCGUCGAACGGAAACUCCGCUAACAAUCAGCAAUCAACUCCGGUUCAACAGCAGAACCAGUCUACGCCCCAAAAACAACAGCAGCAGCCCCAGCAACAACAGCAGCAGCCGCCGCAACAACAACAACAGCAGCAACCGCAACCAGUGAAACCUGAGCCGGCUGCCAACAUGGAGGAACCUAUGCCUGUUGACUCGAACGAUGAGUCGGGAGAGGGUGGCAUUAGCGCCAAGAUGCGUAAGAUUUUUGCCAACCGCAAGAAUCUGACCACCGCUGAGCGGAAGAAGCUUGAUAAAGAGCGGAAGGCACGCCAGUUGCGUCGUCUGCGUAAAUUAUUGACACCCAAGAAUGCUGUAGUCGCACUGCAUGAAAUGCAAGGUCCCGGUAUGGGUGAAUUUAUUAUUAACACCAACGGACACGAGACGACUGCUGAGAUCGUGCUGAACAAUGUACGCUACGAGGCAACCGCUCCAAACAAGCAUCUAGCGAAGGCACGUGCUUCGGAGAAGGCACUGCGAGAUCUGGUAAUCAGCCAAAUGGCUAAAUCUCGACAGAAGCAGGAGAACAGCAACAACGGCAAUACCAAUCAGGAUGCUGUGGAUGACGAUACCGAAAUGACGGACGUUUCCGAUAAUGAUGACGUUCCAAUGCUUCACUUGGCAUCGUACGCGUUGUACAAAUUGUUCAACGAAUGGCAAAACGAGGGCUUCGAAAUUCCGGCCAUCAAACCGCAAAAAACUUCCACAAAGGUUAAUGAAGCCGGUACUCAUCCGUUGGCACCGAAGGUUGCCAAAACUAAGGCCGAUCUUCCAGCCGAUGCUGCCACCCGUCACCCAACUGCGCUGCUUGCUUUUAUGCGACCACAGGUUCCGUAUGAGGAUCUUGGUACAAACAAUAAUAACGAUCCGUUGAAGCGUGAAUUUUCUGUUGGCGUUACCGUCGACGGGCAGCGCUACAUUGGCAAGGCCCGAUCAAAGAAAUUGGCCCGCAAGGAAGCUGCAGCCGCGGCUUGUCAGUCGUUGUUCGAUGUCGUAUUCGUCGAAACUAGUGCUGCGUAAGUUAUCCACUCCUUUUCCCCUUACUCCCGGAAAUCUCCCCUUUUUUAAUCUUACUUUAAUAUUAUUUUCUUGGUAACCCGAUUGUGAAUUGCACUCUUUCGCUCGAAAUUUUCACUACGAUCCAAAUUUGUACAUUUUAAUUUUUUACGAUUCGGUAAAACGCAACAGAUUGUAGUACCCAUCUAGAAAAAAAAUCCAGUAUUUAAAUUCAGUGGAAAAGUGCUCUCUUAGACACAGGCGCGCCGUUUGAAUAUAGAAUAUAGGACUAUUCGGACUGCCCUGAAGUAGGGUCAAUUUUGACUUGA